AUGAGUAUGGUUCUUUUGGUAGACUCCACGUUACCGCCUGUUUCCCCGAAGAAGGACAAGAGGAUAAAUACCCUGGAAAUGACCCCCUCCUUACGUUCCGAUAACUCCAAUUAUUCAACCUCAUUCAUUUCGGAAAAACGUUCGUUUCUUAGAAAAGGACGUUCAUUUCAACUGACCGCUAGUGCACCGGGACGAAAGAAAAUCUACGAUAUGAAUACGAACAAGUAUAUAGAAGUAUCUGAGCUUGAAUUCUACUUAGCUGAACAUGAGAAAGCAGUCGCACGAUUAGCCAAAGUUCUGAAAUAUCAUGAAUUGAAUAUAGAUCUCAGUUCAUUUGGUGGAUUCGAAAAAGUCUUUACUCCAGAACUGAUCCAAGUUUUGCGUCAUACAUAUUUUGAAAACUUACGCUAUGAAGAAGAUCAAUUUGAAGAUCCUGGAAGACGCAAACAAUCCGAUUCACAAAAUAGUGAGGUUUCCACUUCUGACAGCCUAUUCGCUCCCGGAAUCGAAACUGAAUUAUCAUCCAUUUACCACCAAGAGGUCAAUGAUAAUCCUUUCUUGGCUCCAGUAAGGGACAUCUAUGGAAUGUUCAACAAGCUUGAUUCCGUUUAUGAUAAUGUUGAAUCAAAUAGAAUACGUAACACCAGUAUUGGAAAACUAUUAAAAGAUAAUACUUUUUGGAAUACUUGUUACAAAGAGUUAAGAUUUGAAAGUUUAACAUCUGACAUUGACUAUUAUAGUUUAUUACCACCCCAACAUGAGAUGAUUUCAUUUCAUAUCGAAUUUUUGGAAUUUUUUUUGAACAACAUUCAAAUUCUUGCAGCCAAAUAUGACGACGUGGUCGACCCAACCACAUUGGUCCAACUUAAACAAUCAUUUUUCAUUUAUUUCAAGGAUAAAGAUUAUGAACAGUUUAAGGUUAUGCGCAAUAGACAUUUCAAGAUGUUCAAGAAUAAUGGAUUGGCCAACCACAGGAACCAUACUUCUUUCUGGGAUUCAGAAGGUGCAAACAAAGAAAACGAACUUGCACAAUUAUAUUCCAAGUUAUUGGAUAUUAUUAUUCAAAAUAUCAAAUCAUCAGUAAAUACAAAAAUCACUAUGAAAAGCAUUCCAUUGUGGGAGUUAUGGCAAGGUGCUUUCUCCUAUAUUUUCUUUGAACUUUUGGAUGAAGAUAACGAGAUACUAAACAAGGACAGCGAUCCACUCAAUGGUAAUGGGGACCAACAUAGUAUAAUUUUAGACUCAUCAUCAGUAUCAAUGCCAAUUUCCAUAUCUUCCAACUCAAUAAAGCAGCAUCCAAGCAGAAGGGAACAAACUAGGGGAGGUACAUUGCGUAAUGGCAACUCAAUGCUCGUAGGUGCAAUACAACCACUAAACGGGAUAUCUCAAAGACGUCCAAUUCAAGCUGCUACUUUAGAUGCUGUUUCUUCCACAAAUAACACCAGUAACAGAGAUGGUGCAUUACUGACCUCAAAAACACCAUUGUCGAACACAAAGCUGUCAGGGAGUUCUUCCCCUAAAAGUAAAGAAAAAGGUAAAAAAAGAAGAGGGUUGCUAAAAUUCUUGAGAAGUCUUGGACGUCAUUGA